UCGCAUCAGCUCCACCAACACGUACUCGAGCCUCUGAAUCUUUUUCCAAACCAUGAUUACUCAGCAGAGCUCCCAGCAGCCCCUUCCGUUCCCUGUCCUAGCCAAACUAUGAUUAAUCAGCAGCAACAUAGUAUAGCCUUGUUGGCAUCCCAACAUCUUGUCUCAGGUGAAUAAACUACGAAGUAAAGGCACGAUGCGGGUAUGUAUAUUGAUUAACUCUUGCUACCUCUUGGGCAUCGCUCCUCUAUCUUGGGGCUUUGUGGUUGUUCCAGAUGCUGCCUAUCCCAUCAAGACUUCCCUUAAGGCAUCGCCGCGUGAACCCUUGGAUACUGAAGUCGUUGGUCGAAGGGCACUGCUGCAAAAUGCUGCCGGGACGGCGUUGAUUAGUGCAACGUCUCUCCUCUUUGGCCUCCCAUCUGUGGCGUCUGCUGCAUCCUUCACGGCAGGAGGAACCCUGGUGGACCGUGAAGUGGGAGUCCAAGUGGGCAACCCCGAAGCCAGCGCCUCGCGCAAACCGGAUAAUUCCAAUGUCAUUUUUGACAAGGACCACUACUUCAAGUUUGGAGUCGCCGCUCCGUGGAUCGAAAAUGGCAGCACAGAGUUCCCCAAGUCCAUGCCGUUUACACCCUCGCAGCAACGCUAUGAUGCCUUGAAAAAAUACGGGAAUCGAGUCCGCAGUGGGGCAGAGUUUAUUGGUAGCUUGGAUACAGCCUCCAUUCCAGAUCCUGCCACCGCUCCCGAGUAUUCCCUUCGGGCCAUGGGGCUCUUGGCAAACAGCUUCUUGGCAUCGGAGAAUACUGGGGCUACCAAUGAACUGUUUCUCGCCAGAUGGUACAUUAAUGAGAUUUUUUUGCUGUUGAAUGAUGCUAGAGCCGCUGCUAGCCCAGAAGAAGCCACUGCAUUCUACAAAAGUGCCAAGAAAGCGACAAACUCCUAUCUUGGACUCUUGAAUCGAGUCAUCAACGCAAAGGUUGGCGAUCCUUUUGCAAUGCUAUCCGUGUAAUUAUUGCUAUCCCAUGGACAGGACCAAGACGACUGGGUUGGUUGUCAGGAUGCAACAAUCACAUGAUUCAUCUAGUAUCUUGAUGGAUUCCGGCUUAAUUGAACGCCGCCUUGGAGCAACAACUGCAUCCAAAUAGCAGGGAGCCUACCAGAAUAUUUGCACCUCUAUCGCGCUAUCUAGCAAGCAAUCUUCCGUUCCAGCGAAGCAAAUACACAGCAACUAAAAUAGCUAUGCUUCCUUGGGCAACACAUACGUCUUUUGUUGUCUCAUCUCUUCCAGGA